GCUAUGUAGAUAUUAAUUUGUUGAUAAAUAUGUUAGUUUUGUUUGUGACAUCUUAGAUUGGUAUGUUGGAGGUUAUUGGAUAUGUAGAUUUUCAACUUAUGCUAUGUUGUAUGAUUGAUGAUAUUAAACAGAUGACAUCUACAAGUUCCGAAAGACAGUUAUGCUAUGGACCUGAGGAUCCAUCACUACUCUUUCAUCAAGACGAACACAUCUCAGCCUCAUUGAUGGCUGAUGGCACAUCAAAUGUUUUCAGAGUUCGUCGGACGGAAACUAAGGCCAAUGAGGAUGGACAAUGAGCUUAUCACUGCCCUUGUCGAGCGUUGGAGGCCUGAGACUCACUCUUUCCACCUACCAGUUGGAGAAGCUACCGUAACCUUACAGGAUGUGCAAAGCCUGUGGGGUUUGAGAGCAGACGGGCGUGUUUUCACUGGCUAUGACUACCCUAUCGGAUAUGAAGAUUGGCCCAGCAAGUGUCGAGAUAUGUUGGGAUGGAUACCUGACGUGGACACAGAAACGAAGCAGGGCGGAUUGCUAAUGACAUCUCUGAUCCACCAAGCGACACUACCUUUGGAUGAUGGGCUACAUGCUUAUGCAUACGUCCAAAGGGCACGUAUACAUGCUCUGAUCUUGUUAGGAGGGCUUAUUUUACCGGACACCACAGGGUGCAAGGUCCCCUUUAUGUGGUUAAAUGCCUUUGACGAUCCGAACCAAGUGGCUAAUAUCAGUUGGGGUAGUGCUGCUUUGGCGUAUCUGUAUCAUUAUUUAUGCGAGGCUUCUGUAGGCAGGCAGAAGAGGGAUUUGGGUGGACCUAUGGUUCUUUUGCAGCUAUGGGCGUGGGAAAGAAUGCCCACAUUGAGGCCAUCCUUUGUGAUAUCGCCUAUGCACACGCCGUAUACCCCGUGUGGAGCCAAGUGGCACGGAGUGACUGAAAUAGGAAAUGCUCCCCGAUAUUCAGUUGCUUAUUAUCGUGAUCAAUUAUCACUGAUUCGUCCCGGCCAGUUUCUGUGGACACCGUACGUAGAUUGCAUCUUGCCCGAUCACUGCAUUGAUUCGACCGCAUCCUUCUUGUGCGACACUUACUUGGUGUGCUGGUCAUUUGUCGAGGCACACGAGGCUGGACGGGUUUGCCGACAAUUUAACCGCUACCAGCGUAUUCCUGAGUAUCAUGAUAGGAUGCUAAAGAAUGCCGGACAUUUGUGUAAAAGUCACCGUCGUGGGAUGAAGGGCGCUGAUUGGGCAAAGAAACAUAAAUUGUACAUUGAUGAGUGGGAUAUGAGACACGAGAGGUUCCAAUCAACUUUUGACCAUGCAACGGCGGGCAUGGAAGGUCGCAUUAAUCCGGGCUAUAUGGCGUGGUACAAUAGGAUCACGGUGUCAUACCUAACUCAACCUGGGACACAGUCAACGACUGGGAUGAACGAGUCAGCCUCUUCUAUGAAAGUGUUGGUUGAGAUGGCUCAGGGGAUAUGGCAUUUGACCUCUGAACAUGACACCGAUCCUCGGUUACGGCAGAUUCGAGAAAUGGUUGCUGAGGGUCUUCGUGCGACAGGUAAUACUGAUGUGAUGGAGUAUCCCACGUCGCAACGGCGAGAUGUGGUCAUGCCGACACGCCCACCGACUUCUAUUCGUCAUGGAGUGCCGGGUGUUCGAGUAGGUGGACACCGGUAUACCCGACAGUAUAGGUUGUCGCAGCCGCAACAGCCGCAGCCUGAUUAUGCGGAACCAGAGCCACUGAGUCCAGAGUACGAUCCCCCCAGUUGGUCUGUCUACCCAGGGUCACAGUCCCAGAUGAGUGGUUCAAGCCACGACGACUCGCAAUGGGGAACAAGAUUAUCAUGUGAUUCAUUCUUCGACGCUGGUACUGAUUGGGAUGCAGCUAGAGCACGACGUGAUUCAUAUUUCCAGAAUUACCAAUUUGUGGCUCCUGUGAGGGAAGAAGAGGGUCAGCAGGAACAGGAACAGGAAGAAGAGGACAACGAAGAAGAAGACGAGGAAGAAGAGGACGCGGAAUCAGGGAGUGUGGAAGGGGAUGAAGUAGUAAUAUCUCGACCACCUACCGAGGGAUCGUCACGCCCAAUUGUGAAGAGUUCAUCAAGUAAGAUUGGGAAGGCAAUGCACAAUGUAUUAAGGGGAUUUUCAACAAGGAGGAACAAAGGGAAAGCUGCAACAAAAUACACUCCUUCGGGGAAAUAG